GAGAGACCGUCAACUGGAGCCAACAACAGCUAAACUAAACUCUCUCUGCUUCGUGAUGUCCCACCUCGCCGCGCCCGCCUCCCCGCCGCCGGCGCCAAACCCUAGCCCCGACGCCGGCGAGGAUCCCUCCUGCUCCUCGCCGCCGCCGACCGAGAGGGCACGAAGGAGCGCGGUGGUGGUGGUCAUGGGCGCGACGGGCGCCGGCAAGUCUCGGCUGGCCGUCGACCUCGCCGCCCACUUCCCCGGCGUCGAGGUGGUCAGCGCCGACUCCAUGCAGGUUUACCGCGGCCUCGACGUACUCACCAACAAGGUCCCCCUCCACGAGCAGAAUGGUGUUCCUCACCAUCUCCUUAGCAUCAUCGACCCCUCCGUGGAGUUCACUUGCCGUGAUUUUCGUGAUCACGCUGUGCCGAUUAUAGAUGACAUAUUGGGUCGCGGUGGCCUCCCUGUCAUUGUUGGCGGUACAAACUUCUACAUACAGGCUCUUGUUAGCCCAUUCCUCUUUGAUGAUAUGGCAGAAGAGACGAAGGGUUGCACUUCGAGUGACCACCUAGAUGAUAUAGGGCUCGCUGAUGAUAACCAGGGCAAUGGGUGCUACGAACGCUUGAAGGACAUUGAUCCUAUUGCGGCCCAAAGGAUCCACCCAAACAACCAUCGAAAAAUAAAGCGUUACCUUGAGCUACAUGCAACCACAGGUGCUCUACCAAGUGAUCUUUUCCAAGGAGAGACUGCAGAGGAGAAGUGGGGCCGACCUAGUAACUCCAAGUAUGAGUGUUGUUUCUUGUGGGUGGAUGCUGAUCUCCAUGUUCUGGAUAAUUAUGUUAAUGAAAGGGUCGAUUGCAUGGUUAAUGCUGGCCUGCUAGACGAAGUGUGCAAUAUAUAUGAUCCAGAUGCUAUUUAUACCCAAGGGUUGCGGCAGGCUAUUGGAGUUCGUGAAUUUGACGAGUUCUUCAGAUUGUAUUUAACAAAAAUAGUAACUGAUAAGAUAAAACUUGGUUGUUCAUCUAUAACUAAACUAGAUGUCGGUGAUGAUAAGCUGGAGAGCUUGUUGGAUGAAGCAGUCUGUCAGCUAAAAGCAAACACACGUAGACUUGUUCGACGCCAAAGACGAAGGCUGCACCGGCUGAAUAAAGACUUUGGGUGGAAUUUGCAUCACAUUGAUGCAACAGAAGCAUUCCAAUGUAAGCCCGUCUGCACCACUGGUGAUUCAUGGCACAACAAGGUUGUAAAGCCUUGUGAGGAUAUUGUCAAAAGAUUCCUGUCUGGCGAUACAACUUUGGCGAGCGAAGAUUCUUCCAGCAAUAUUGGAGGAACUAGGGCGGCUUCAAGAGAGUUGUGGACUCAGUAUGUCUGCGAGGUGAUUGUGGUCAUUGCUUAUUAUGAGAGCCUGUGACAACCGGGUCCUUCGAGGGGCACACGAGUGGGAGCAGCACAAGCAAGGCCGAGGCCAUCGGAAAAGAAUGCAGCGCUUGAAGCAGAAGACAAAGAUCAUAAUUGCAUAAGCAUUCGGUGUAAUUUUGGCAUAGAUGAAGGAAAUGCGACCUUCCUGCACAAAAUUGGAACUUGCAAGCCAUUGUUUGUUUUCAAAUUUAUUUAGGUUGGUUUUCUGGCAUAGGGAGGGAUUGAGCUGCAAAAGGUGUUUUUGCGUAUGUUUCGAAAAAAUGUUUUUUGUAUGCUACUCCCUCCCUCCGUUCCUAAAUAUAAGAUACUUUAGCUUUGUCUUAUGUUGACUAAGUAUAUACUCCUUUCGUCCGGAAAUAAUUCGUCCGGAAACAACUGACUUGGAUUUGUAUAAGAAUGAUAAGAAUUCCGGA